AUGCUCCCACACCCAUCUGAUGGAGAAGAGACCGAGGAUUCAUCUACUGCACCUCUCAUGUGUGAGGAGGUGUUGGAGGAUGAAAGUGCCUUUGCCAUGCCUGAGGGAGAAGGACCCGGGGACAACGCAGCAUCUGACCCAGUACAGAGACUGUCUACUCACCCGAUAGACCACACCGAGGCGACCCCGCGCAGAGCUCAGCGGCCUUUAGACGACUCACCUGGACACUGGACGGUGGACGACGGCACUCACUACAUGAGCCAAGUCUGA